AUGGCCUCAAGCAGUAGGAGAUCUCCUGAUCUUGAGGAACAGUAUGCUAACCUAUCUCUUCAAGACGAUGAGGACUAUGAAGUACCUCUUGAGGAGGAAGGACUAUCAGACGAAUUUGAAGAUCCGGCGUUUACGCUGGUUAGAAGGCUCUUAACCAAAAAACCGGUCAAGUUUACCUACUUCAGAGAUACUAUGGCCAUGGUGUGGAGACUGGUGAAAGGCGUGAUGACGACGGAAGUUACUACCAAUCUCUAUCUCUUUCAUUUCUUCUGUGAGGUCGAUAUGAACCCGGUGCUUGACGAUGGCCCAUGGUCGUAUGAACAGAGCUUACUGGUGUUGAACAAACUGGACGAUAACAAAUCCCCUUUUGAGGCAAAGCUGGAGCACACGGAUUUCUGGGUCCAGGCAUACAACGUUCCUCACAGUCUCCAAACUCAGAGGACGGCUCAAACUAUUGGAGCGUUCUUAGGGUCAUACAAGAAGACAAACUCGACUCAAAUGGACGGGACUUGGAGAGCCUUCAUUCGCAUUCAAGUGGGUAUUGACAUCACACGUCCUCUACGAAGAAGAAUGAAGGUGAAACCCCCCAGAAGUGAAGCUACAUGGGUAGAUUUCAAGUAUGAAAGGCUACCUACCUUCUGCUUCAUAUGCGGCAUUAUAGGCCAUGCAGACAAAUACUGCCGGAGAUCGAUUGAAUCACCACCACCGGAGAGACUGUUCGGACCGGAUCUGAGAGCUAAUGGGAGGAGGCCACCGCCAGCGAUGGGACAGCGAUGGGUCGUGUUAGAGCGGCCUCGAAAAUGUACUGAUAAAGAAGUUGACAGUACUUUGGAUAGCGGUGCAGAUGGUCAGAAGCAUAAUAUAUCAUUGAAUAAGGAAACAUUACGAAUGUCAUCUGAGGAAGUCAUUAAUGGCGAUUCUGAGUAG